UUACAAUUAUUUCUUCCUGCCAAAUCUCACGAUGGGGGGAAUCAAUAAACCUGGAAAGCCCAAGAGCAAGAGGCAACCGGUGCGCCUGCGACAUAAAAUCGAGAAAGCCUCUGCCGCGAAACAAAAGAAAGCCAGAAAGCUUGCGAAGGGCAAUCCAGAAUGGCGAUCGAAAUUAAAGAAGGAUCCAGGAAUACCAAACUUGUUCCCGUAUAAAGACAAGAUCCUGGCAGAGAUUGAGGAAGGGCGAAGACGCAAAGUUGAAGAUGCAGAGAGGAGGAGAGCGGAGGCGAAAGCCGCAAAGACUGGCGCGAAGACAGAGAAGUCUGGAGAACAGAUGGAUAGAGAACAUGAGGCAAGGGUGGAAGGUUGGGAGGAUGAGCUGGUGGAUGAGAUGGAGAUGGAUGACGGUGAAGAAGACCUCGACGAAGAUGCCAACCCAAUGGCUGCAUUAAUUGCAAGUGCGCGAGCAGCUGCCAAGGACUACGAGGAUGAGCUAGAAAGUGGGAGUGAGAUGGACGAAGAUGAUGAAUCCAUGUCGGAGGACGACGUUGGCGGUGUUGAGAUAAAUGGUCUCCCAACUCGCAAAGACGGCUCGAGAAAAGCUUUCGACAAGGUCUUCAAGCAAGUUGUGGAUCAGGCAGAUGUCGUUCUUUACGUCCUUGAUGCUCGCGACCCCGAAGGUACUCGAUCGAAAGAAGUUGAGAGAAUGGUUAUGGCUGCUGCAAGUGGUGGAAAGCGACUUAUUCUCAUCCUCAACAAGAUUGAUCUCAUUCCCGCCGCAGUCCUAAAGUCAUGGCUGAUACAUCUUCGACGAUAUUUCCCUACGCUUCCUCUCCGAGCUUCUGGGCCAGCGCCAAAUGCGCACACCUUCAAUCACAAGCAAUUGACGGUCCAGAGCACCUCAGCUACCCUAUUCAAGGCGCUCAAGUCCUUUGCUGCGGCAAAGCAGUUGAAGCGCUCCAUCUCAGUUGGUGUUAUCGGCUAUCCUAAUGUCGGAAAGUCAUCUGUUAUUAACGCUCUGACUUCUCGCUUGGGUGGUGCUGGAGCGGCUUGCCCUGUCGGUGCAGAAGCAGGCGUCACUACCUCUCUCAGAGAAGUAAAGAUUGAUAGUAAGCUCAAGCUUCUCGACUCACCUGGUAUCGUCUUCCCCAGUACUGGAGACGGUAGCAAAGCAUCGAAGAAGGAAGAGCAAGCUAGAUUGGUGCUUCUGAAUGCCGUUCCGCCAAAGAUGAUCGAGGACCCAGUUCCGGCUGUCACAUUGCUUCUUAAGCGUCUUUCAGCAUCAGAGGAGAUGCUGAAGAAGCUGAUGGAUGUCUAUGGAUUGCCACCUCUUAUGAGCACGAAUGGCGACCCCACUACAGACUUCUUGGUUCAAGUUGCGAGGAAGAGAGGAAGACUUGGGAAGGGUGGUGUUCCCAACGUUAGCAGUGCUGCCACUACUGUCAUUACAGACUGGAGAGAUGGUCGUAUUCAGGGCUGGAUGGAUGCUCCAGUCCUGGCUGUUGCUCCAGCUGCAAACGCCAUGAUUACAGGUGACACGCCUGCUGUUGGUGAUCAGAAAGAGAUUGUGACGGAGUGGGCUGCUGAGUUCAAGCUAGAGGGCCUCUGGGGCGAUGGGAAGCCGGAGGUAGUCGAGGAUACCAUGCAAGAGUAGUUCAGCAUCAAGAUUACAUAGUCGAUAUGGAGUUUGGCGUAAUUGGCUGAGGAAACGAUGCAAAAGUUGGUUUCUGUGACCAGCCAUCAAGUAGUAGAUAUGAUAAAUCUUACCUUUGACAUGC